AUGGCGUCCACAGACCCGCGCAAGAUUGCGGAGGUCCGUGAUGUCCAUAGACUGGAGAGAAUCGGCGCCCAUUCGCACAUCCGUGGCCUUGGCCUGGAUGAUGCGCUGGAUGCGCGGAUGGUCUCGCAGGGCAUGGUCGGCCAAAACGGAGCCAGGCGAGCUGCGGGCGUGAUUUUGUCCAUGAUCCAGGAAGAGAAAAUUGCUGGACGGGCCGUCCUCAUUGCUGGCCAGCCGGGAACUGGCAAGACUGCCAUCGCAAUGGGCAUGGCCAAGGCACUGGGUGACGACACGCCCUUCACCAUGCUAGCGGGAUCAGAGAUCUUCUCAUUGGAGAUGUCCAAGACCGAAGCCCUGACACAGGCGUUUCGAAGAUCCAUUGGUGUCCGAAUACGAGAGGAAGCCGAGAUCAUCGAAGGAGAGGUCGUAGAAAUCGAGAUUGAGCGCCCGGCGAAUGGCCAGGCGGCGACCUUCGGUAAGAUGACCUUGAAGACAACCGAGAUGGAGACCAUGUAUGAUCUCGGGCAGAAGAUGAUCGAGACCAUUCAGAAGGAACAGAUCCAGGCCGGGGACAUCAUCACAAUUGAUAAGUCCUCCGGCAAGAUCUCUCUUCUAGGUCGAUCUUUCGCGAGGUCCCGCGACUACGAUGCCAUGGGUCCACAGACUCGCUUUGUGCAGUGCCCCGAAGGCGAGCUUCAGAAGCGAAAGGAGGUGGUACACACCGUGAACCUGCAUGAGAUUGAUGUCAUCAACAGCCGGCAGCAGGGCUUCCUGGCCCUCUUCGCCGGUGACACGGGCGAGAUCAAGCACGAGGUUCGGGAGCAGAUAGAUGCCAAGGUCGCCGAGUGGCGCGAGGAGGGCAAGGCAGACAUUGUUCCAGGAGUGCUCUUCAUCGAUGAGGCACUCUUCACGCAGUAUGAAGGGUCUCAUGUCGUGGCAGAGCUGGCCGUGUACAUGUUGGUGACAGCUGUGGCGAUUGCAGCAUGCCGCGCUGCAGCAACGGCCGUGGGAAGAGUGCUGUCCACAAAGGAGGCUCUGGCCGCCCCUCGGAACCUUCGAAAAUUUUCCGACCAGUCCUGGCAACUUGUUGUGCACGUGCUGAUGACCGCCUACGAAGUCCUGCUAUUCCAAAGGAAUGGCUGGGAGUGGUGGACGGACACAACGACUCUCUGGGACCGACCCUGGCAAGAUAGUGGCGAGUGUCCGCCAGAUCUUCGGACGUUGUACAUCGCACAGCUGGCCAUCUGGUUUGUGACAGCCUUUUCGCACAAGUUUGUGGAGGCCAAGCACAACGACUACUUCGUGAUGUACGGGCAUCAUGUCGCCACCCUGGGCUUGGUCUCGCUCUCCUACUUCAACGGCUGGCAGCCAGUUGGGCUGAGCACCCUCUUCGUCCAUGACUCCUCGGACAUCGUGGUCGACUUGUUGAAAAUGGUGAACUACCUCGGGUAUGACUCGAAGAGCGGGCUUUUCCUUGCAGAGGGCUUCUUUGCUGUCAACCUGGUCACGUGGUUCCUGAUGCGUACUUACUUCUUCAUUCUGAAGGUCAUCAGGUCAACCAUCCCGAAAGAUUUCUUGGCACCUGGGUGGGGCGACUAUGACCGCAGUGCACCCCUCGUCAGCCCUCAAAAUGCUUGCCGGCUGCUGCUCAUCGUCCUUGGCCUGAUGCAUGUGUAUUGGUACUGCCUCUUCUGGCGGAUCCUGGUUCGGCUACUGCGAGGCUCUGCAGGUCAUGAGGCAGACUCAGCACCAAUCGUCAUCAUGGCCACGAACAGAGGGAUCACCAACAUCCGGGGCACCGACUACAAGAGCCCACACGGUAUUCCUCUCGACUUGCUGGACCGCAUGCUAAUCAUCUCGACUCAGCCGUACACGCAGAAGGAGAUCCGAAAGAUCAUUGACAUCCGAGCCGAGGAGGAGGAUGUGGAGAUGACGGAAGAAGCCAAGGAGCUUCUAACGAAGAUCGGCACGGAGAGUACGCUACGGUAUGCAAUCCACUUAAUCACCUGCUCCAAUCUCGUGGCCAUGAAGCGAAAGGCACAGGAGGUUGAUGUCCAGGACAUCCGCAAGGUCUACUCGCUCUUUGUGGAUGUCAAGCGGUCUACGCAGUUCCUCAUGGAGUAUCAGCAAGAGUUCAUGUUCUCCGAGGUGCACGAAGAGGAGGAUGCCGAGAUGCCUCAGGCGAAGGAGACUUGA